GGACAAGUUUUUUGCAAUAAAGACUUGCGAGAAGUCUUUUCGCUCAGAUUUUCAAAACGCAUUGAACUUCACGUAUGACAAAUACGAGCAACUGGAUGAAGUGAAGAUAAAUGACAUUUGUGGUGUAUUGUUCGAUGGAGACUAUCGAAGAGGCGAAGUCAUGGAAAUUGUAUCAGAAGGAAAUGAAGAAACUUGCGAGGUAUUUUUGAUCGAUUAUGGGCACAGCAUUUUCGUUCAAAAAUCACAAAUACAUAUGCUCAAAUUCGAGCAUGCCACCGUCGCUCCGUUUUCCUUCGAAUGUCAGCUUGCUGUACUGAACAAAGACAAUGAAGAUUUCACUGACUCCAAGAAAAAUGAACUGUUGCAAACGUUCCAGGAAAUCGUGAAGAAAAAUGAUAAAGUUUUGAUAUAUUUCAAAGGUUUGGUGCCCGGAACGUACUAUAAAUACGAUGUGAUUUUACUGACAGACGAUUGCAAUGGGAACGCAUAUCUUUUACACGAAUCAUACGCAGCAUUCAACUACAACAAAAUUGUUUUUGAUAACAAAGUAUGUGAAGAUUGGUUUAAGAGUCUCGUCUAUGAGCCAUUCGGUUUGAAGUCUGAUUCACAAAUUGGUUCGAAGAAACUGGUUGAAAUAUCUCACAUCGUAUCACCGACGGAAAUCUACGUGAGAGAUGAAAAAGGCGCAAAACGUAUUACGGAAAUUCGACAAGAAAUAAAUUCUUAUGUACGUUCGGUUAGAGGCCGUGUCAAUAUAAAUUGGUCGCUUGGAGAUAAUUGCUUGGUUAUUCAGCAGAAUCCGUUGGUAACGAGCAAGAUGAUGCUAUGGUAUCGUGGACGGAUACUAGCGCAAAGUGAAUAUUCAUAUGAAGUGUUUAUUUGCGACUAUGGGUACAAAGUCCAAGCAAGAGCAUGUGAUUUGAUGCCGAUUACAGAUAACUUAGCAAAUCACGAAGAUUCAGUGACAUUCUGCAGCGUGGAUAUUCCCAGCAUUGCAUCAAUCGAUCUAGAAGAAACCGUAACGUUACUGCGUGAAUUGUUCAGAAGCUAUACAAAAUUGGCAGCUAGCUAUAGCGAGCACAUGGCUGUUAUAACACUGUGGGGAAGUAAUGCACCCGGUGAAAUUGGAUGGGACCACGAUUGGGACGAUUUGAACUUGAAACUCAUGACUUCGUUAGAUAAAACUCCCUUAAAUUUCGUAUGCUGUUUUCUAUUACGAUUAAUGAUGAAAUCGAUACAAUACUACAUUGACAGAACACAAUACCAAUACAGAACCAAUAAAUUUGGAAAUGAUGAUGGUCGUGAUGAUAGUUUCGAUGAAUGUCAAAUGUUGGAAAAAUGUGCGCUCAGUGAAAUUGGUGACGAAGCAUCUGCAAUUGCCCCGACAAACGAACCGUGCUCAACAAAUAUUGCUAAAUGGGACCUCCCAAGUCGCAUUGAUCGAGCUACGAUUUCUGGAAUUGUAACACACAUUCACGAAACUGGAACCAUUUUCGUGCAAAUUGAAAAGGACCAUGAGAUCGCAAAUUCCUUGGAAAUAUCUAUUACAAACUAUCUUGCCGGAAAGCCACAAUGCGAAAUGGGUCACGUAUGGCGAAAAUCCAACACCUGCUUUACCAAGCAUGGCGAAUACUUUCGUCGGGGUAUUAUCAAGUCAAUUGAUCGAGAAAACGGGACGUGCCAGAUAAUGUUCGUCGACUAUGGUGAUAAAGUUGUGACACGAUUGAAUAAUUUGUAUGCGGCCACAAGUUUCUCUGAAAUUCCAAUGUUGGUGCAUCGCUUUUUUGUUCCGGAGCUCCGAGCAUACAGCCGAAACAAGCAAUGGUCGAACACAACCAUUGAAGAAUGUCGCGAAUUUCUCGUAAACAAGCCAUGCAAGAUUGAAAUCAAAGGGAACUUGAGUCAGUCGGUCAAGGAAAAAAUUGUGCCGUGCUCAAUUAUUCAAGCUAUCCGUAGAUUGGACUUGGCAUCUUUUGUGGAAAAUCAUGGUUUAUUCAUCGAUGAACAAUUAGAUCAAGGACAAAAGAUUUUACUUGUUUAAUAUAAUAAUAAAAAUAUUUUUUCUUAUAUAAAUCUAAUAAAUCAUUUAACCCUCAAUCGCUCACCUGGGUCUGGCCAGACCUUUUUCGUUUUUGAUCG